AUGAUCAUCCAAAUAAAGAAUCUUCGUGGAGAACAAACUAGCCUAGAAAUCGAGCCUCAUUUUAAAGUAAUUGAACUCAAACGUCUAAUUCAAACAAAUCAAGGCCACGCAGUUGAGUCUCAAAAGCUUCUUUAUAAAGGAAAGAUUCUUGAUGAUGAAAAACCUCUUACAGAUUAUGCUGGGCUAUAAUGUUUAUAAAACUUAUUUUUUAUAAUAAUUUAAUUGAUAAAUACUCUAAUGUCACCUAAUUUCAGUUAUAAAUUUAUCAAUUUGGAAUAUUCACAUUUAAAGUGACAAAUACUAUAAAAAAAUAUAUAGCAAUCACUUUUUCCUAUAAAAAAAGUUAUCAGUUUGAUUAUAAAGGGAACUUUACUCUACAAAUAGCUAUAUCAAAUUACAGAAAACGCAAUCUUAGUCUUAAUGGUUACUCACAAGAAGGCUCCAGAGAGGCCACAGCCAGAACAAAACCAGCCUGCCGAUAUUUUAGUACCACAAAGACAAGAAGCUCCAGCUCAACUCAACGAGGCUGAUGUAGCUCGUCUGAUGGAAAUGGGCUAUUCCCGAGAAGAAGUAGUCGCUGCUUUAACUGCAGCUCACAACAACUCAGCAAUUGCUAUCGAAUUUCUAAUGUCAGGCUAUGCCCCUAUGCCUGAAGGUGAGGGCGAGAGUGCUGAAUACGAAGAAGAAGAGGACGAAGAAGACCCAGGUGAGCCAGGUGAAGAAAUAACCUCCACCACCUUCGAUUUCCUGCUACAAAGCCCUGAAUUCCAAAGUAUAAGAGAAGUUAUAUUACAAAACCCUGAAGAGCUCAAUGUUUUCUUGCAGCAGCUGGAAACCACCAAUCCAGAGCUUCUAACACUUAUAAAUGACAACAUGGACGAAUUCAUCAGAGUUCUUGGAGGAAGAAGAAGGCAAAGAGGGGCCGUCCAAAUCCAUUUAACCCCUGAAGAAGAAAAUGAUGUAAGAGAACUAAUCCAGCUGGGAUUUUCACAGGAGGACGUCAUACAGGUGUAUCUGAGCUGUGAUAAGAAUAAAGAAAUGGCUGCAAGCUUGCUGUUUGAGAAUUUCCAGCAAAAUUUUCAAGGUCAAGGGUUCUCUUAG